UCUUUCUUUAAUAAAUCAAUUAUUUAAAUCCUAGUUUGUUUAUUGUUUAUUCCACUUGAAUUGGUCAUAGAAUUCAAACAGCAAUCAUUUUAUUUCAAAUCUUACAUUCUGUCUGUGCCAAAACUAAGUAAAAUGGAAGAAAAUUCAGAUAUACCUAGAGGAAAAAUUGUUUCUUUUUCUACAUGGGAACCAAUUGUUCCAAAGGACGACAUGCUGCUUGGACAAUGUCGUUUUGUUGGAGAAUUUGAGAAGCUUAACCGCAUUGGUGAAGGAACCUAUGGUGUAGUAUACCGGGCACGUGACAAGAGCACCAAUGAGAUUGUUGCCCUGAAGAAAAUUAGAAUGAUCCAGGAGAAGGAUGGGAUGCCCAUUAGUGGCCUGCGGGAGAUCUUACUGCUGCAGCAGUGUGAGCAUGAGAAUAUUGUGGCUCUCAAGCAGGUUGUAGUUGGCCGAAGCCUUUCAAGUGUUUUCUUGGUGAUGGAAUACUGCGAACAAGACCUGGCCAGUUUACUGGACCACAUGUCUGCUCCUUUUAUGGAGGCACAGACCAAGUGCAUCAUGAAACAGGUUUUAAAGGGUCUGGCCUAUUUACACGGCUGUGAAAUUGUCCAUCGCGACCUGAAGGUGUCUAACUUGCUGCUCACCAACACAGGCUGUAUUAAAAUUGCUGACUUCGGUCUGGCCCGUGAGCUAGGUUACCCACUGUCGCCCAUGACUCCUCAGGUCGUCACUCUCUGGUACAGAGCCCCUGAGCUGCUGCUGCAGGCAGGUAUCCAGACGUCGGCCGUGGACAUGUGGGCUGCAGGAUGUAUUCUAGGAGAGUUGCUGCUGCACAAACCUUUGCUGCCAGGCAACUCUGAGAUCAACCAACUCAACAGGAUCAUCGACCUUCUUGGUACCCCAAACGAAUCCAUCUGGCCAGGAUUCCGCAAAAUAAAAUCCCUGAAGUCAUUUGAGCUGAAGACGCAACCUUAUAACAACCUCAAGUCGCAGUUCCCGCACCUCUCAGCGCCUGGUCACCGCCUCCUCAACUUCCUCUUUAUGUACGACCCUAGCAGAAGGGCCACCGCUCAACAGGCGCUCGACACUUUAUAUUUUCUAGAGGAACCUCUCCCUUGUGACCCGAGCAUGAUGCCAACAUUCCCUCAACAUCGCAACAACAGGCGCUCGACCUCCUCAACCGCCCCCAAGCCUGAAGUGUCCGCCGCUCUUGCUCCUGCCGCCCUCGAUGUUUCUCUCCUCGCUACCGCCAACCCUCAAAAUAUGUCCAUCCAAGAACUACUAAAAUACAUGUCUACAUCUAAUAACACGUGAGAAAGUCGGUGCUUUCAAUUUGAUUAGGUAAAACAAGCGGCUAUGGUUAUUGAUCGAUUUUGCAAGUUAUUUGAUAUGAAACCUGACUUUGUACCAACGAAUUUGUUAACAUAUUUAUGCCUAAAGAAAGCGAAACGUAUAAUUAGGACAGGCAAGAAUAAGAUUCGGUUGUUUCGGUAUGUCAUAAUAAGAGUAACAGAGAACAGUGUAUUACAUUUUCACAAUCAUGUACAGAUUCAGAGGCAACAUGAUGACAAGUGAAUAAAUGAUUACUAAAAAAACGAAUCAAAUAAUAAGUGAAUCAUUGAAAGAGAACUAACGAGUAAGUACUAUUGAUUGCCACCACUUGCAGCAUUUCAACCUUCCGAUCUGGUAUUCAAAGUAGAAAAUAAAUAUUUAAAAAAAGA